AUGGCGGGCCAACAGGUGGCCAGCAAACUACUGGAAGAUGUGACCUGCCCCAUCUGCCUGGAAAUUCUACAGGAUCCUGUCACCGUCGACUGUGGGCACAACUUCUGCCUGCAGUGCAUCAAUCAGAUUGCGAAAGCUGCAGAAAACCUCCUUUGUCCCCUCUGCAAACUCUCCGUGAGUAAGGAUACGUUCCGGCCCAAUAAGCUGUUGGCUAGUCUUGCAGAGACAAUCCAGGCUAUGGAUCCUGCUGAGAUCCAACCAGAAGGGGACGAGACAAGAUGUCGGACUCAUAAGGAGAAGCUCCAUUACUUCUGUGAGAAGGACAUGGAGUUCCUCUGUGUGGUGUGUCGUGACUCCAAGGACCACAAAUCCCACGAUGUCACCUUGAUAGAUGAGGCUGCCCAGAACUACAAGGUGCAGAUUGAGUCACAGGUCCAGGAUUUGGGGCAAAAGGAAAAGGGAAUAACUGAAGAGAAAAAGCGAAGUGAAGGGGAAAUCCAGGUGUUCAGGGCUCAGGUGCAUCUCGAGAAACUAGAAAUCUUUGAGGAAUUCAAGCACCUGCGCCAGAGACUGGACGAGGAAGAGCGUUUCCUCCUGACCAGGCUGAGCUGGCUGGAGCAGGAGGGAGCCAAGCAGCUGGAACAGUAUGUCUCUGUGACUUAUGAGCAGCUUACCUCCCUCAGGAAACUCUCAAAGUCCCUGAAGAAUAGGCUGCAAAUGCCAUCCAUGGAGCUACUGGAGGACAUCAAAGACACCUUGAGCAGGAGUAAGGAAUUUCAGUUUCUCAACCCAACCCCAGUUCCUGCGGACCUGAAGAAAAAAAUCAGUGAAGCAAAAGCAAGACAUGUGUCCAUCACAGAAAGCCUGAAGGAAUUAAAAGACAACCUGAAGACUGAGGGGGAGAAAGAUAAAAGGGCAUUCCUCGAAAGCCUGACUAUGAAGGAAAUGGAGAGAUGGUACCUGUUACAGAAGAAUUAUUCAGAUUUGCCCACCUCAGUCUCUACGACCCUGGACAAAGACUCAGCUGACCCAAGCCUCACCCUUUCUCAGGAUCUAAAGAAAGCGACUUUAUACCUCUCUGGAGACACUUCGAAUAAGCAGGCAAAACCUCGACCAUUCUACCCUUUCUACUGUGCAAAGGGUUUCCCAGGCCUCUCCUCAGGCUGUAGGGUGUGGGAGGUGGAAAUCCAGGGACCGUCAGGUGGGGCUGGCAUGGUGGGCAUAGCCAACGAGUUGUCUAUGAGGUCCCAGAGUCAGAACUCAAGUGCGCAGAGCUGCUUGUGGGCACUGCGAAUCUCCUCCUCUGGAUGUCAGCCGUUCACCAACUGCAAAGCCCUGGAGAAUCUCUGCGUCCAUCUUAAGAAAGUGGGCGUCUUCGUGGAUUAUGACCGUGGAGUAAUCACCUUCUAUGAUGCCAUCACUAAGAAACACAUCUACACCUUCCAAACCUCUUUUGACAGACAGGUUUUCCCCAUUUUGGGGCUCCUAGCUGUCCGCUCCUCUAUGACCCUGAGCCCCUAG